CAAACAGAGGAAUUGAUCAGCAGCUGAACAGACUGGAGAGAGAGAGGGGGGGGGGUCUGGGGAGAACUGGCCCUGAUUUAGAGGAGUUGUAGGGACUGCGAUGUAUAGUUCACCUGCCAUCUAAGAACUGCACUCUGAACCCCACCAAUGAUGGACCUGGAACUCACUUGGCACACAGGCCCAACACGGCCAACUUUGCAUACUGAUGGGGUUUGGGGGCGAGUGACCUUGACUUCCAAGAGUUAUAGUUCACCCAUAUUGGAAUGUAUAGUUCACCAACAAUCAGUGAGGACUCUGAACUCCACCAACAAUUGACCUGGAACUAACUUGGCAAACAGAACCCACAUGACCAGCAAAAAAUACUGGAGGUCUUUGGGGGGAAUUCACCUUGAUUUGGGGGAGUUGUAGUUCACCUGCAUCCAGAGAGGACUGUGAACCCAAACACGGAUGGAUCUUGACCAGAGUUGGCACACGGACCUGAUAUGCCGAGAUGUGAUUACUGGAGGGGUUUGGAGGGACUGAUCUUCCUUUCUGGGAGUUGUAGUUCACCCACAACCACGGAAACUGCGACCUCCACUGAUGAUGGAUCUGGACCACACUUGGCACACGGAACCCCAUGUAACUCAACCUACUGGAGGAGUUGGAGGGGACAGACUCACCAUGGUGGGAGUUGUAGUUCAGCCUACAGCCAGUAAGCACACUGGACCCCACUCGUGAUGCGUCAAGAGCAAACUUAUUCAACAUACAAACUUGGAAGUAUUGAAGAAGCUUCUGGGGGUUAACUUGGCAUGAUGGGAGUUGUAGUUCACCCACAAUCUUAUGAGUUUUGCACAAUUAAAACACUGAGUUUGUGAUCUUGCUGAAUUCCUACAUUCACUUUGGAUUAUAGAGCAGAACGGAAGAGUCGGAAGAGACUUCAUGAGGCACCCAGUCCAGGCCUCUGCCGUGCAAGGAAAGUGCAAAGUCCCCCUGACAGAUGUGCAUCUGGCCUCUGGUUAAAGGAUUCCAGAGGAGCCUCCACUACAUUUUGAGGCAGAGAGUUCCAUCGCUGAACAGCUCUUACAGUCAGGAAGUUCUUCUUAAUGUUUAGAUGGAAUCUACUCAACAUAACUCUGUUGACAUGGAGGAGAAAGCAUAUAAAUGUAUUGAAUGUGGAAAGAGCUUUAGUCUGCAUGGAAAGCUGAAGACACAUCAAAGGAUUCACACUGGGGAGAAACCCUAUAAUUGCCUGGAGUGUGAACAGAGCUUCACUCAUAGUUCAGGCCUACGUUCACAUCAAAGGACUCACACUGGGGAGAAACCCUAUAACUGCCUGGAGUGUGAACAGAGCUUCACUCAUAGUUCACGCCUACGUAGACAUCAAAGGACUCACACUGGGGAAAAACCCUAUAACUGCCUGGAGUGUGGACAGAGCUUUACUAAUAGUUCACAUCUAUGUUCACAUCAAAGGACUCACACUGGGGAGAAACCCUAUAACUGCCUAGAGUGUGGACAGAGCUUCACUCAGAGUUCAGGCCUACGUUCACAUCAAAGGACUCACACUGGGGAGAAACCCUAUAAUUGCCUGGAGUGUGGACAGAGCUUUGCUCAGAAGGGACACUUACAUUCACAUCAAAGGACUCACACUGGGGAGAAACCCUAUAACUGCCUGGAGUGUGAACAGAGCUUCACUCAGAUUUCAGGCCUACGUUCACAUCAAAGGACUCACACUGGGGAGAAACCCUAUAACUGCCUGGAGUGUGAACAGAGCUUCACUCAUAGUUCAGGCCUACGUAGACAUCAAAGGACUCACACUGGGGAAAAACCCUAUAACUGCCUGGAGUGUGGACAGAGCUUUACUAAUAGUUCACAUCUACGUUCACAUCAAAGGACUCACACUGGGGAGAAACCCUAUAACUGCCUAGAGUGUGGACAGAGCUUCACUCAGAGUUCAGGCCUACGUUCACAUCAAAGGACUCACACUGGGGAGAAAUCCUAUAACUGCCUGGAGUGUGGACAUGAUAACCGUCACCCCGGCUUUCAAAUUGAUUUGAAAACGCAGCGGAGAGUUCCGCCGGUCACCCACCAAAAGAACGGAGCGGGACCGCAACAGACUAUUAUUAAAAGACCUUUUUUUCUUCAUUUUCCCCUUCCCUGAACUAUGUAACAAAAUCCCCCAAUAAAAGUAGCAUUUAUUUUAACAAUAACACUCUCUAUCUGGUUAUUUUGUAUCUUUCCCUGACUCCUUCCUUCGCAUGAAAUCUCUCUCUCUCUCCCGUCCUUUUAACUCCGGCUGAGAUUUCCCGCCAUAGAUUAACAUGGCGGUCGAUAUAAAUUGGCUCAUAUCUCUAUCAAAAUUACCCCUAGAACGCUCCUCUUUUAGUCCUAACCCUUUCUAAGGCUCCUGACUCGAAGACAACCAGCAGAACCGGAAUCGGUCCAGUUUUCGGCACCUCAACAGCUGACUGUCAAACGGGACCGACGGCUCUUUCCAAGCUAAAAUGCUGCCUUAUCCCGGAUUUUCCUCUCCCCGCGGCCCGCGGAAUGGGUUUAAGAGAUACCUACCCCCUUUCUGUGAACUGGGGAUGGGGGGGUCGCUCUCUCGCUGGGGAGACAUAGUUCUCCAAGGACCCUCACCCUCUACAGCUGCCAGGGGAUGCCCGGACGGGGGCCCUCCACGUUUCAUUCAUAAUUUCAUGAUUUUAUGAAGGAGAAGAACACUCUUCCUCAGACCUACCCCUGGAACUUAUGAAAUCCUAUACUUCCAAAGACUACAACUCACAUGUGCCUCUUCCCCAUGCCAUCUCUACGAAUUCCCCCCAUCACAGAUGAACUCUUUUUCCUCAUGUAUUUGUGAAUUGUCAUAUUCUAUGUACUUGGACACUCUCAUGACUCACUGUUGUAUGAAUUUCUAAUCGUUGGGAUAACCUCAUGAAUUGUGAAAUCAUGCUGUUAGAACUCCACUUCUAUAUUGGGCUCCCCAGAUGUUGUAAACUCCAUCAAAUGUUUUCAAUUGUUUAUAUCAUUCAUGAUUCCCCUUUAUGCAAUGUCACCCACCUUUAUGGAUUCUCCUUUAUUUCCUUGAAAUCUAUCUAUCUGCCUAUAUGUAUUUGUACUCUUUGGGAUCCCCGGAAAAUAUGUAUUCUUCCCAGCAGGGUUUAUGUUCCAACUUUAUUUUAAUUUUCAUUCUAUCCCAUAUAAUUGUCAAAUCAUGAAAUCUAAUGGGAAAUAUUAUGACCCCAACAUGAACUCUAGCCCUAUGACCCAGACCUCCCUUCCCAAAAACAAAAGGAUAAUCUGCCACAGUUUAAUCCAAUCUCAUUCCGAUCGCAUGGACAAUAUAGGGCGAGUCACCAAAUUCCUAAAGGUGACUCGCCCCCAAGGCAAACAUUGUCAUAUCCCAGGCCAGGACGCCGCAGGAAGGCACCCUGUGGGGCCGUCAAUGACGGCUCAUCACCACCCAUCACCACUUCCCGUCUGACACCCCAAAGACAUAUCUAAAAUCUGUGAACGUGACAGGACCCCGGACAUCCUUGAUGGGUGUCAUUAAUUCCUUUAGAAAUCGGCUGGGCCAGAAUUAAUCAGAUGUUUCCUGUCCGGUCACCUCUUUGUCUCAAUAGCUCCCGCCUCCUCCUCUCUGAUUGGCCCGAAUAGGGACAAAAAGCGGCUCCCCAUUGGGCCAGCAGAGCAAGGCGGGAAACGAAAGCCCGCCUCGUUCAACCUCUCAGCCUAUCCGCGAUCAGAUGGGCGGGGAAGCGAGGCGGGAAAUUCAAAGGGCUGUCAGACCGAAACAUUGUAUAAAUAUGGCUUUAUUUGAAACAUAUGUUACGCUAGUAGAUUGAAUGAUCACUAUUAGCGUCCUUUUCAGCUGAAUUGCUCAAUAAAGACUCCUUGGCGGAUUUUCCUUCAACUUGGCGGACCUUCUUCAUUUCAGGCUUCAGGUUGUAUUGCGGCUUAUAUUCUCCUUUUGGCUUCGCCAAGGUCCGUUCCCUCAGGACCGGAUCGGCUCUCUCCUUAAGGGGCCCGAUCCCCUAAAGUGCGGUCGACAACAUAAUUUGGCUUUACCACGAAGGGACUUGCUUGGAAGUUCCAAAGAUCAAUUUUUUAGGCUAAAAUUCCAAGCGGCGACCUUGGUCCAGAUAUUCUGGGACAGGUUGGGGAGAGAAACGGCUGCAAGGAGGGCCCUCCGACCAACAAUUUGACCUCAUUUCACAUCCAAAUUUCUCUGGCAGUCCCUUUCUCUCUCUAGAUCUGAUUCAGGGUACUGAACAAAGGAGCCAGAUAGGAGGAAGCAGAUUUUUAGCUCCUCGAAGGAAAAGCGCCAACGUGAAACAGGGGACGCCCUGUAAAAAUAAAAGGGAACCGGCCCCGUUGUUGAGACCCAGGUGGGCGGAGUCCUGGAGGUAUUGCACUUCGGAUCAGGGCUCGGUAACAAAUUCCUGGUGAAACGCGGGAAAAUCUGGCACCCGGGGGGCGUGUGAGAACAGUCUGGCUUGUGAGAUUACAGGUUCGAGAAUCGCGGGGUAGGGGAACGGUUGUGUUCCCGGGGCACCUGCGGAUUCCACGGACGCCAGCCAUCCAGUCUUGGUGGAGGGAACUCUCAGUAGGACGAGCGGCACCUAGCCGGGGGGUGAGUCGUUACUCCGUUAACUGUCAGGUACUGGGCAGGGGCUGAGCCAAGAAUGGGUGUUUGUUCAGCACGUCUAGGGUGUCCCACCCCAGCAGACAUCCCCAGGGAUUCUCCAUUGGGUAAGAUCCUGGCCAAUUGGGGUGGGCUUUGCAUCAAAAAACAUGGUGCAGGCCAGGUUGGGCUAACUCAGAGCACAUAAGUGGCCCCUUGUGGCCCUUGAAGGGGGAACAGCUUGCCCCCCCCUUGCUCGAGUCGCCGAAUUCGGAGUGUUGACCUAAGGUGACUCGCCAGGGGGAGGGCAAGUGGUCCCAACUUGCUUAUGCUGCGAUGUUCAUGGCCUUAAGCCAGAGGGAGAGUGGAAGGAGGGAGGGGGGGGGUCCAAGUCUUCCCAUGCAGGGACGUGGGCUCCAAAACCUACCCUCCUCAGAAGCUCCCCUCUAGACCUACUUCCCCUUCCGCCUCCACCAGAAGAGGAACUUCUGGAGACAUUUGCUUGCCCCACCUCAUCCCCCGUUUUCUCCCCUGAUCUGAGUCUUGCACCGACCCAGAACCCCCAAAUCGACCCUUCAAGGGAACCUCUGCUUCCCGGGAUCCCACUCUCCCAAACUCACUCUCCCAACUCCCUACCAUUUACCCCCGUCUCCCUUCCGUUUCCCAGCCCUCUGUUUUCUCUCAGCCCCAUCUCCCCUCCGUUUCCCAACCUCCUAUUCCCUCUCCACCCCUC